AUGAAGAUGGACGCAAGCACACAGACUGAAGUUGGGCGAAAGAACUUCGCACAACAAACGGACGGAGGAGAAGGAGAGUGGGUGAAUGAGGAUAAGGAGGUGGAGAUAGUGAGGGAGAUAAAGGGAAGGAAGGAUGAGGAGGACGUCGCCAUCAUUGCAGUCUUUUGCCCGAUCGCGUCAAAUAAAAAGAGGACGAGAGAUGUGAAGACGCAAACCGCAUCUUCAACAAAGGAGAAGGGGAUGCAGACGGAGUGGAUGCUCCAGGUGAUCGAGAUCGAGGAGUCACGGAGAUCAAAUCGUGACUUACUCCUUCGUUUCAUUAGACGGCAAUGGAACCUGAUCGAAGUAAGGGAGGCAUUUAAGGUGCCAGAGAUCCUUUCCCCAAUAAGGGAGUUUGAAGAAGAGGGGGAGGUGUGGAAAACAUGGAAAGCGGGGGAAUUCGUGUGGAGCGAAGACAAAGAAAACACACAAAACAACAACAAUAAUAACAUUGACAAUAACAAGAAUAAAAGAAAGAGGUUUGACGACAAUGUGGAAACACAAACAAAGAAGAUAAAGAAGGAGACAAAUAAAGAAAACACUGAAAACAGCAACAUUAACGACAACAAUGACAGCAACGGAAGAAAAAGAAAGAGCACGGACAACAAGGAGAAAGAACAAGUGACAAAAAAGAUAAAGAAGGAGAUGAGGAUUAGACAGGAAGACCUCGAGACCCUUAAGGGCGAAAACCGGCUGAACGACGAGGUAAUAAAUAAUUAUCUUGAAUUGAUCAGCAACGAAGACGUCUACGUGAUGAAUUCGUUUUUCUUUCCGAGGCUCCACAUUAACGGGCACGUGGCCGUUAAAAGGUGGACGAAGAGGAUCAAUAUUUUUAAGUUUCGCAAAGUGAUUGUCCCCAUUCACUUGGGCAAUCACUGGUGCCUUGCGGUAAUAGAUAUGCUCUUUGGUGAGAUUUGCUAUUAUGAUAGUUUCAAGGGCAGUCAGCCCGCCUACUUGGCAACACUCCUGGAGUAUUUAGUCCAGGAGGCGAAAGAGAAAAACGAGGUUCCUAUCAAUAAAGAGGAAUGGACCCUUGGGAAUAAAACAAACAUUCCCUGUCAGACGAAUGGGUAUGACUGCGGGGUCUUCACGUGUCAAUUCGCCCGUUAUGAAGCGGCAAAUAGAGCAAUCGAUUUCACACAACAGGACAUGCUACAGAUCAGGGCAAGAAUGGCUCGCGAAUUGCAGGCGGGAUGUCUUGAAGAAUAA